GGGGGCGCGCUCUUCGACUCUUGAAAGCAGGUGAAUCUUUUUCUGAGUUUUGAUGAGCAGCCCUAGUAUCGGCCGACACCUGUUGCCCUUCCUAACUGAUUCCAGGAAUUCCCGAACUAUGGCGAUUUGCCUAAUAUUAGCUAUAUAUUUGACAACAUUUAUCUUAGUUCAAAGUGAUGAAUCACCAACAGCCCUGGAUGAUGCAUCGUCCCUGCCAAUGCUUGCCUCUGGAAAACGUCAACACAAUAUCAUGAGAUUUGGGAAGAGGCCUUCAGUUGAAAAGAGGGAAGAUCCCCGUCACAGAUUCCUGUUCAUGGGAAAACGAGAAGAUGACAGCCUGCUUCAUUUCUUACAGGGGGAUGACAACUCUUACAAGAGGGGUCACACUAUCAUGAGAUUCGGAAAGAGGAGAAUUCCUCAGGAGACACACAAUUUUAUGCGAUUCGGCAGGAGGGAGGGAGAGAAAAAUCCAGGACAUUCCAUGAUGUAUUUCGGUAAAAGAGCUGCUGAUGGUCACAACAUGAUGUACUUCGGAAAAAGAGCAGGACAUUCCAUGAUGUACUUCGGCAAGCGAGAAAACGAUAAUGAUCCAGGAUUAUACUUAGAACCAGAAAAUGAAGAAAAAAGAGCAGCCCACUCCAUGAUUCAUUUCGGAAAGCGAGAAGAUUCUGAAAGUGCAUCUAUGAUUCCAGAAGACGAGGAAAAUGAGGAAAUCCAGUAUGAGGAUCCAUCAGACAAAAGAAACCACAAUUUGCUGAGAUUUGGCAAAGACGGAUCUCGAGGGAGUCAUGCCAUGAUCCACUUCGGUAAAAGAUCCGUCACAGGGAAUCAGUCCUCCGUAGAGAGGGAUGAAUGGGACGAAAGUCCUGAUGCUGCUGCUUACAUUAGUGAACCCGAGAAAAACGUGUUUUUGAGAUUUGGCUAAUGAAUUGUAUAUAGUAUUUGUCCCACUCUUUAAGUGUUUUAAAAGGCAUAUAUCUUUAUGUAAAUAUUCCAAAGUGAAAAAAUUAUUGUACCUUUAUGUUAUAAAUAUUGUUUGUUCAUACUUCCCCUUAUGAUAAUCAAUUAUUAAAACAAAUGACGCGUUAAAUAAAUGUAUUAA